AUGGAAACCACAAACUCUCGCGACCUGCAGCUUGUGCUUGAAAAAAAUGAAAAGCUUAAUAAGGAGAAUGAACAACUUAAACUACGCGUGGAACAACUAGAACAAGAAUUAAAUCAUUUAAAAUCAAAAUAUUCCCUUAACCAGUCUUCUGAUAUAACUACAACCACUAUCAAACCGUUGGCUCCUGCUGCCCGCGUAAAUUUAACACUUACAGAAUAUGCUCGAUAUGGAAGGCAGCUUAUACUGGCAGGCUUUGGUUUAUCCGCUCAAAAAAAAUUGAAGUCUACUUCAAUUUUAAUUGUUGGUGCGGGAGGGUUAGGCGCUCCCGCUGCGAUAUACCUUGCAGCGUGUGGGAUAGGACGCCUCGGAAUUGUUGAUUACGAUGUCGUUGAAAUCUCAAAUCUUCAUCGACAAGUAAUUCAUAACGAGUCACGGGCGGGACUUUCAAAAGCUCAGUCAGCGAAAAAGACUGUAGAAGGGUACAUUAAUG